UAUCAGUCAUGGAUUUGACGGAGAAAGACGUGUUCGGAGUUGAUGCCGCCGCUUCUCUGGUGAAGAAUCUGAGAGGUACAUUCGCUACUGGAAAGACGAAGAGUUAUGAAUGGAGAGUUUCUCAGUUGAAUGCUUUGAUGACAAUCAUCACCAAUCACGAGAAGGAUAUCACCGAUGCUCUUCAAUCCGAUCUCGGAAAGCCUGUCAUGGAAGCAUUCAUCUCUGAGCUUUCACUGUUUAUCACAUCAGUUCGAUUCACAUUAAAAGGACUAAAGAGUUGGAUGAUGCCAGAGAAGGUGAAAUCCACAGUAACCUCAUUUCCUUCAUCUGCGGAAAUUGUUCCAGAGCCGCUAGGUGUUGUGUUGAUCAUAUCAGCUUGGAAUUAUCCUUUCUUGUUGUCGCUUGAUCCAGUAGUUGGAGCAAUUGCAGCUGGAAAUACUGUGGUUUUGAAGCCGUCAGAAGUUUCUCCAGCAACUUCUGCUCUUAUUUCAAAGUUAGUCCUGCAGUAUAUGGACGGUUCUGCUGUAAAAGUUGUGGAAGGUUCUGUUCAUGAGACCACUGCCUUAUUGGAGCAGAAAUGGGAUAAAAUAUUCUAUACAGGCAAUGGAAAAGUAGGACGAAUUGUUAUGGCUGCAGCAGCAAAGCACCUUACUCCUGUUUCUCUCGAGCUUGGAGGAAAAUGCCCGGCUUUUAUUGAUUCGGAUAUCGAUUUGAAGGUGGCUGCAAGGCGUAUCAUUGCUGGAAAGUGGGGAUUAAACAGUGGGCAAACAUGCAUUUCUGCUGAUCAUUUAUAUACAACGAAAUCAUUUGCUCCCAAAUUGAUUGAUGCUUUGAAAAGUGAGUUGAAUAAGUUUUUUGGAAGUGAUCCGUUGAAAUCUGAAGACAUGUCUCGCAUUGUGAAUGACAAACAUUUUGCUCGGUUGAGAAGGUUGUUGGAGGAUGAGAAGGUAUCUGGAAAGAUAGUUCAUGGAGGUGAACUAGACGAAAAAAACCUAAAGAUAUCUCCUACGAUUUUACUGGAUGUUCCUGAGGAUUCUCUAAUCAUGAACGAAGAGAUAUUUGGUCCUCUGCUUCCAAUUAUCACGAUUGAGAGUCUGCAAGAGGCAUUUUAUUUGACUAAUGCAAAGGACAAGCCAUUAGCAGCUUAUUUGUUUUCGAAUAACAAGAAACUGAAGGAGGAGUUCAUUGAAAAUGUAUCAGCUGGAGGUUUAGUGAUCAAUGAUGUUGGUCUUCAUGUGUGUAAUCCACAUUUGCCAUUUGGAGGAGUUGGGGAAAGUGGAAUAGGGGGGUACCAUGGGAAAUUCACGUUUGACGCAUUCAGUCACAAGAAGGCGGUUCUGAAACGUGUGUUCUUUGGGGAUGCGUCUAUAAGGUAUCCACCAUACACGCCUGGGAAGCUGAAAACUAUGAGGGUUCUACUAAGUGACGGUUUCUUCAACAUGAUUCGCGAAUUUUUCAAGGCCUAGCUGGUUUCAAUUACUGCAUAUUGGGGUUUUAUUAACUUAUAAAAAUUUGGUUUUUUUUGAUGUAUUGUGUCAUUAAAAACAUUCUUCAUUUUCAUAAUAUAUAUCUAUGUUG